AUGAUCAUAGACGGCAGUCCCAGGGAUUACGUUGACAUGAUCAUAGACAGCAGUCCCAGGGAUUACGUUGACAUGAUCAUAGACAGCAGUCCCAGGGAUUAUGUUGACAUGAUCAUAGACGGCAGUCCCAGGGAUUAUGUUGACAUGAUCAUAGACAGCAGUCCCAGGGAUUAUGUUGACAUGAUCAUAGACGGCAGUCCCAGGGAUUAUGUUGACGUGAUCAUAGACAGCAGUUCCAGGGAUUGUGUUGACGUGAUCAUAGACAGCAGUUCCAGAGAUUAUGUUGACGUGAUCAUAGACGGCAGUCCCAGGGAUUAUGUUGACAUGAUCAUAGACGGCAGUCCCAGGGAUUGUGUUGACACAGUAAAGAACCCCACAGCUGUGGCUUUGAGUGUGAUGCAUAGAUCUAAAUUUGUAGCACUUCACCUCUUUAAUCUUUAA